AUGGCGGAGACGCUCGACAUGACCCUCGACGACAUCAUCAAAAACAACAAGAAGAGUAACUCCUCCUCCGGUGGGGGCCGCCACAGCCGCGGCGGAUCCGCCCCUGGCGGCGGCGGCGGUGGCAGCGGGGUCGGGCCUACCAGGCGCCCCUUCAAGAGGUCCGGGAACAGGCAUGCGCCCUACCAGCCACCGAAGUGUAAUUUUUCGAUGGUAUUCCACUGGAAGGGCAGGAAGGCCUAG